CAGGUGCUGGUGCGCUUGGCCCGGUGCUUGCCCUGCUACCGCCUCGCUGAGCCGUGCCCACCGUGGGGCAGAGCAGAAUGUGGGGCGUCCAUGCCGUGCCGCCUGCCUGGGGCUUGGGGCCUGGGACCCUCGAGGGGCUGCUCCCUGUGACUCUGAUGGCCCUGUCUGCCUCCUGGAGCUGUCCUGUUGGGAACAGAGGCAGUGGCGGAAGCCGUCCAGCCCUGUGCCGGCCUAGGAAAUGGUGGCCGUGCCCACCGUGAGCGCAGGGCCGCCUGGGACGGCUGUGGUGGCCGGGAUCACUGGAGACUGGGAAGCUCUGCUGGCUGAGGAAAUUGGGGGGAUGGGUCAGGGUGGCUCCCAUAAAGAAUGUGGAGAACCUGGGAUAGCCCCAGCGAUCAGGGGCAUCUGGGGUUCUCGGAGCAGUGGUCCUGGGCCAGGGUGGCCACAGCCUCAAGCAUCUCCUGUGCUACUGUGUCCUUGUGCCUUGCAGGGGGAAGCCGGCUUGGAAGGCCCUCCUGGGAAGACUGGCCCCAUUGGCCCCCAGGGGGCCCCCGGGAAGCCCGGGCCUGAUGGCCUGCGAGGGAUCCCGGGCCCUGUGGGUGAGCAAGGUCUCCCGGGUUCCCCUGGCCCCGACGGACCCCCUGGCCCCAUGGGUCCCCCAGGACUCCCCGGCCUCAAAGGAGAUUCUGGCCCCAAAGGGGAAAAGGUAAGACAGGACUCACGUGCCUCUGAGGCU